AUGCAACUGGUGGUGGAGGAAAUGAUGAUGGUGAUGAUGAUAACAAGGGGUCAUUGUCACAAAGAGGAGAGGGGUCAGGCAUCAGCGGUAAGACAGGAUCCUGACAUGGCUAUGAAGUUUAUCCUUUUCUUUGUUCUCUUUAUCGGUGCAUUUUCUUCUAAUGACAAAGCUGAACAGAAAGAAGAUCCUGCCCCCUACUUGGUCUACUUUAGGUCCCAUAUGAACCCCUGUGUGGGAGCCCUCAUUCAUCAACAAUGGGUGUUGGCAGCUACUCACUGCUACUCACCAAACCUCAUACUGGUGCUGGGGAAUUCCAAGGUCGGGACGAAGAACAGAACUGAGCAGAUUUUUAAGCCAACGGAAGUUAUUCACUAUUGGAACAAAAGCGAUGAAUAUCAAGAGCAUGACAUCAUGCUGCUCAAGCUGCCCAGGCCUGCAACCCUCAACCACAAGGUCCAGCCAGUAGCCCUGCCCACUAGAAACUUCCCCACUGGUGCAGAGUGUACGGUCUCUGGCUUGGACUGGAGCAUGGACAAUCUCAGUAACCACCCAGACCUGCAGCAGAACAUAAAAGCACCUCUGAUCUCUGAAAAGGAGUGCAAGAAAACCAGGCAAGGAAGAAUCAUCAAGUAUGGAAUAUGUGUCAAGUUUUUGAAGUCAUUCCACAGACCCUUUGUGGAGCUUGCCGUUGCUACUGUCAUAUGCCAAGACACAAUUCAAGGGAUAGAAGUAGGGCAUUUCCUAGGAGAGAGUAUUGGCGUCUACACUAAUAUUUACUACUAUGUCCCUUGGAUACAGAACAUCACGUCAACAAGAUGA